AUGUCUGAAUCGGACUGUAACUUGCUUGAAAUGUACUAUGCAGGUUUUGAAAAGUCGACCGCAAAAGCACUGUGCAACUUUGAAGAAAAGUUCAUACCAUUCGCUCAAAAAAUUCUAAGCUAUUCAUCUGAAAUUUCAAUUUCAAGUGUUUUGAUAAAUCUCAUCCAUUUUUUCAUUCUCACAAGGAAACCAAUGAGAACAUCUUCAAUCAAUAUCCUAAUGGCUGCAGUUGCACUGUACGAUAUUUUAACCUCGUUAAAACAAAUCGAAUUAAUAUUUGAACAGAACAGUGACAUCUUCUUUGAUUGCUACCCCACAUAUACAUUUGGUGUAGGUCUGAGAAGAAUUAUACUUGACAUUGCCAAAGAUUACUCAAGAAGAUGCUCGACAUGGUUUAUAGUUUCAAUCGCUUUUAUCCGAACAGUGAUGGUUCGGAAUCCAUUAAACUCCACGUAUCAGUCUCUAGGAAAACCAAAAGCAUCUGUCGUCGUUAUUGUUGGAGUUUGCGCUGCAAGCUUGCCCAUUUCAGUUUUCAAAUAUUUCGAAAAUCAGUUUGUAGAGAAAGAGCCGCUUUAUGAUUGUGCUCAAAAUGGAACAUAUUACAUUGUUACUAUGUCCGACUUAUUCAUGAAAAACAACGGUUUUCUUGCUAAAUAUUUUUCCUUAUUCAAUUCUUUUGUGUCAGAUAUAAUUCCAUGUCUACUGCUCCCGAUUGUAACAUUAUUACUUAUUAUGAACUUGUGGAAAACCGCUAAAAAAAGAGCAAAUAUCACUUCUGUGAGUAAGAACAAUAAUUCUAUGAGUAAAACUGGAUUAGUAUUCUGUGUAACUAUCACGUUUUUCAUUGUUGAAUUUCCUUAUGGAUUGAGUUUGGGGUUCUUGUGGAUGUUUGACUAUGAUUCGGGCAUUAGUCGCAUACUGUCCUACUUUGGUUUCAUUUUCUCAGUGUUAAUAACCUUGAACACUUGCACUCAUCUUUUCGUUUGCCUAAUCAUAUCAUCUCAAUACCGAAAAACAACCAUCUACAUCUUCUCCUGUGGACUUAUUAAUUCGAAACAGACGAUUGUGAGCAGAAAGGUUACUACAUCGUCUCUAUCAAAAACCCUUCCAUAA